AUGAAUUUCGAGAUUCCACCAGGGUUAACGGACUUACUGCAGGACUUUACUGUCGAGGUGCUUAGAAACCGCCCAAGGAAUUUAGAAGAAUUCGCUGCCCAGUAUUUCAAUGUGUUACAUGCUAAAAAGAACGGGCCCGCCAAAACUAGCGGCGGGGGUUCUUUGAGAUUUCAGACUGAUGCAAGUGUGAAUGUUUUUGAUAGAGAACCAUCUUCUGAAGAGGAGGAAGAUUACGACGAUGAUGACGAGCCAAUGCCACCAGUUUCUCAGCUCUCAAGAGACAGAAGAAAAUCAGUUUCUGCUGAGCGAUACGACCCAGAAGCCGAUGAUGAUAAUGAUUAUGCAAAG